AUGGUGCCCGAAGAUGCUUGUGAUAAUGAAAUCAGCCAAAUAUUAAGUAAUACUACUACUACUAAUAAAUGGAUACCAGAUGAUAGCAGCAAUAAAUGUGAUAUUAGCGAAAAUAAUAAUACAAAUUUUGUUAGAGGUAUUCUUGAUGAUAUUUUUGAUAGUGCUGUACCAAAAGAAAUAGUUUUUAAAGUGCCUAAAAUGAGAGAUAGAAAUAUGGAAAAGGAGGAUUUGGAGAGGCGUAAAUCCAAUAGAGGUGCCAGUUUGUAUAUAAAUAACAAUAACACAGUGGAGACGUUCAACGAUUUUAUUAUACCACACAGACGUGCCAUCAGCGAAUGCAUCAUCGAUGAAAACGACAACAACGAUUUUAGACAAAUAUACGACAAUAAGUCGAACCUGCAUCCGAAAACGGUGAAAAAGGUCAAAGACUACACUAAGAAACGAAAGUUUUCCUUCUCACUGUUCCACAAAAAAGACAAACCUCACAGGGAUCAUAUAGAUGAAGAGCAUCCGGAAAACUACGACGACUUUGAUCCCUCGGAAAACGUCUUGAAACCUGAAAUAAGCCACCUGAAAAAAGCCUUCUCCGCGAUGGAGUUGAACCAAAAACCCACCAAGCUGCAGCGCACCAAUUCCUUCAUCAAAAAAAUGGUGCACAUAGGCGCCGAAUCCACCAGCAUUCUAAAACGCUCGCUGAGCGUGCGCGAUGUGAAAAAAACUCAAAACAAAAAAGACUCGAAAACGCGUUGUGCCUCCGAGUCCAACGAAAAAUGGCGCCAAUCGUUGCAAUCCCUCGUCGAAAGUGACAUAGGUGUUAGCUACAACGACUUGAGUUUCAUCAACUACGACGCCCUGAACAAGUUUAAUUACGAUGACGAGGACUACGGGUCCCAUGUGUCCCUACUGGACAACAGUAACGAUGGCAGGUACAUCGGCCGAACGCAGAGCAUGAUUUGCAAGAGUUCCCCAAAGCUGACAGCGAGACCUUCGUACUUGAGGACCGAGUCUUCCGUGGAAUACAGCCAACCGGAUUUGUCGCUUUCAGAGCAAUCGGGUGCCACUUCAUUACCCAUCCUUUGUCAUCUCAACAACCACGAGAAUAAUGGGGCUAAUGUUCAAGAAUCAAACAGUCCCACGCACCGAUUGUUCCAAAGAAGGCCGCAGAGCAUCAGUUCCGAAGAUGGUUGUCGCAGCAGGUCCUCGGCAAGCGGAAGUUUCCGCUCGGCCGGAAGUGGGUGUGCAAAGUUAAAGCGGCACAACGCUUGCCGACAAAAAAACCGGAACCCAUCCUCGCUUAACAUCGAAAUCAGAAGAAACAGCGAUCCAUCCGAGAAAACACUGUUCAGCAUAGUAAAGUUAUUUUCGACGAAGCCGACGCCUAAGAUCGCCCGCGAAAGCCUGAACAUCGAGAAGGAGGAGAAGGGGGGGACGGGGUGCGGCGAGGGGCAGCACCAGCAGGAGUGGAGGAGGUUCGUCGGCUCCAUCAGGAGGAAGGUACAGAGGCAUGCCUCAGGCGGGCAGGAGCAGCAGGCCUCGCAGGCCAAGGGCGAGCCGCUCGUCAGAAAGAAUUCCCUAACGCAGAGCAAGUUCGACUUGUUCAAGCGCGACAAGAGUACCGAGGAAGCGAAGAAGAGUGACAAACAGACACUCACCAAGCAGAAAUCCAUCGGGCCGGAAAAAACGACGACGUGCGACUAUUUUAAAGCGUUAAGUUUCAAGGACAAGUCGUCGAAAGACUCUCCAGUAGCGUCUCCGAAACAAGGAGAAACCAGUAGCGUUCAACAAAAAGGUGUUCGAAAGAGUGACAAAAAGGAUAGCAGUAGUGAUAAAGCAGCGCUUAAGCCUAGCAUUAGUUUUAGUAGGAGUAAGUCUAGCAAGUCCAAGGAGGGAUUGAAGCAGGACGAUUUUCUCAAAGCCACCAUGAGAAUCUUUCUCGUCGUCUCGCCGCCAGUCGGAAAAAUGCAGGUCCGUUCCAGAAGCCUGAACCACCUGGACAACCUAGAAAUGAGACAGGGCAUCGCGCCGCCGGACGAUGCGGCCCUAAAGGACACCCGUUCAGAGCCGGACUGCACAAAUCAGGCCCCCGCCCCGGGCCCCAAUCAAACAGCCCUUCAGACCGAUCAACAAGUGUGCGCUGCCGAGGCGCCUCCGCCCAGAAAACACAUGCUCAGCCGCUCACAAAAAUCAAGCAGCGAAUGCUUCACGGCGACAUUCGAGGUGGGAUUGUGCGACGAAACGUGGGACAACGAAUUAUUUUUUCCCGCCCACCGAGGAUUUACCUUACAGGACCAGUUGGUGCGUAUGUGCGAAUCUCGCAACAUUGAUUUAUCGAUGUGCGAGGCCCGUCUGGUGGAUAAAGAAACCAACACGGAAAGUUUGCUGCUUUUCACGCAGGACACUGCUAAUCUGGUCGGAAAGCACGUGAGGAUUAUAGCAAAAGAAGCAAGCAAUAAAAAACUAUCAGGAUCAUUUCACAGCAAUCAUUUAAGAAAGCAAUCAGGGAGUUAUAGGCCUAGAACAAGUAGUUUUUUUAAUUCGAGUACUGAAGAAGCGACUCCUAUAGCAACGUCCACUUUUUCUCUACAUGAGGGAGAAAAUAAAAGGCAAAUCAAACAACGAUUUACCGCGUUUUUUGGGAACACAAAAGACGCAAAAUUAGAAGCUUUAAUCGAACAACUAGACAAAUACACGAAACAAGGAAUACCAAGUAGUUUAAACUACAGACAGGGACAGUGUGAGUCUGUCGACGCUCUGUAUAAAUUAGAGGACGAUUGGAAGGAUAUCGUCGAGUAUGGCGAUUUAAGUGAGAAACAACAGCAGCAACAGACGGUUUUAUGGGAAUUAAUUAAAACCGAAGUGGCAUACAUUAAAACUUUAAAAGUUGUUACAGAUCUGUUCUUGGCAUGUCUGAAAGACCUCCAAUCGAAAACCCUCCUGAAGGAAAUCGACACCGUGAAACUGUUCUCGAACAUCACGGAAAUCCUGGACGCUAACGUGAUCUUCUGGCGCAACACGUUGUUCCCCCUGGUGCGCACCAUGCGCCAGUACAAACGUCCACCGUGCAUCGAGAACAUGCUGGAGGGUUUCUCGCAGAUCCACGAGGUAUUCCAGCCCUACUACAUUUACUGCGCGGAGCAGUCGAGGUGCCAGCACUACUGCCGCGAGAAUCUCGACAGCGAGUUUUUCACUGCCUACUUGACGUGAUUACGACUAAUGGAUAUUUUGGUCCAACCAAUGCAAAGACUGACAAAAUAUGGGCUUCUGUUGAAAGCCGUCUUGAAAAACACCGAAGAGGACGUGGAAAGAGAAAAUCUACAAUCUAUGGAAUCGAAAGACGAUGACAUCGACAGAGUGCUGAAACGGGAAAAACAACUGAUGCAGCUCGAUCUGACGCGGCCAAUGACAAAUUGUCCCGCCGAUCGAAAAAGACAUCUCCUAAUGGAGGGCGACCUCAAACUCAAAGACAACCUCACGUCAAAGAUGGAAGUGCAUUGUUUCCUUUUAACAGACAUGCUUCUCAUAUGCAAACCUUCAACGAAAAAAGGUGGCGCCACUGUCCGAGUGGUACGACAACCGUACCUAGUCGACAGACUCGUUGUUCACGAACUAACCCGGGAAACCCCGAGUCUGUGCAUCGUUUACAAAAACGAAUUCGACAUGGCUGUCGCGGUUUUCGUCUUGCAGAGCAACGAUCCCAAAAAAAUAAGGGGUUGGAAAGAUGGUCUACAGAAGGCUCAGAGGCUGUACUCGCAAGCCAAGCAAAUUAGACAGGCGAGUUCGUUUGCGGACGAGUACAUGGAUUCCGAGUACGAUUUUUAUCAUGAUACAGACUUUUAUCACAGUUUACAAUUGGCUCCAAGGUCUCCGCUCGCCUCGUCAAGUCGUGCCAGUAGAUCUUCCGUGGGGUCGGCCAAGGACCCCUCGCGAGGAGUUUCGGUCGAGAACGACAACAGAACGGCCUCCAUAUCGAGCGACGAGGGCGUGCAGCCCCUGCCGCCCGACAAGAGCCCCGUCUCGCAGAAGAACUCCUUCAAGAACCGGCUGUUCCCCAAAACGCCCAACACGCUGUCCGUGCAGCCGUACGGCAGCCUGGGCCAGAGCCUGCCCAACCUGACGCUGCACUCGCCGAACAGCGCCGGUUUCAAUCAGAACACGCUCUCGGUGCCGAACAGCAAGAACGGCUCGCAUUUGCUGAGCCCCACGCACAGGGGGAUCUCCUAUCCGCCCCCCUCUCCCACCAGGGGGAACUUGAGAAGGAGUUUGGCCAUUUCGCAGAACAAAAAUCCCCCCUUGAUCAAAACCAGGCAGAAAAAUGACAAUAGAGACGCCUCUAUCCACAAACGAUUGUCCUGGAACUGCACGUCGCAGGAAUCGCAGCAGGAGACUUAG